AUGCCGCUACACUCAAAACGGAGCACUUUGACUCCCCCUUUGUCGCCAACGCCCUUGUCUCUCUCUACACUAAGCACGCCUCUUUCCACGCCGCGCUUAAACUCUUCAACCAAAUACCACGCAAGAUUGUUUGAGGGAAUGCCAGUCAGGGAUGUUAUAACUUGGACUGAGAUGGUCACAACGUAUAUGGAGUUUGGAUUGGUUAAUUUGGCUUUGAAGGUGUUUGAUGAAAUGCUAGAGAAGAAUUUUGUGUCUUAUAACAUGGUUCUGGCUAGGUUCUAUCGAAACGAGCAAGGUUUUGAGGUGAUGAGGUUGUUUGUAAGAAUAGUGGAUGAGGGUUUGGAAUUGACAAAUUUUAGUUUGACUAGUGUUGUUGAUGCUUGUGGAUUGCUUGGUGAUUACAAGGUCAACAAGCAGGUUCAUGGGUUUGCGGUGAAGUUUGGGUUUGGAUCGAAUGGUUAUGUUGAGGCUGCGUUGCUUGACAUGUACACGAGGUGUGGGAGGAUGGUGGAUGCUGAGAAGAUAUUUUUGAGAUGGGUGUUGGAGGAGUUUAGCUUUGUGGUUUGGACGACAAUGAUAUGUGGCUAUGCUCGGAAUGGACAAUCGGAGGAGGUGAUUUAUCUUUUCCACGUUGGUCGAUCGGAUGGAAAGGUGAUUAUGGAUGAAGUUGCAACAGCUUCAAUGCUUGGUCUUUGUGGAACUAUUGGUCAUCUUGAUAUGGGUAAGCAAAUCCAUUGCCAUGUGAUAUAG